AUGGCAGCAGGUUCAGCAAUCUUGGAUUGCAUUGCUCAAAGGGAAAGAGGCUUCCAUGGUUCCAUCGGGGAGGCCAAGCUCCAGAACGAUCUCAUGGAUGAAGAAAACCAGACUCAACACUGGGGGAAUUCCUCAACCUCUGAUGUGAAGGCCAUAACUUUUAUGGAACUGGCCCUAGGCAGUUUUAUUUUGGUGUCCUUCUUGGUGGGGACAGUUGUGAAUGGUUUCUUUCUCUGGGUGCUGAGGGUGAAGAUGGCGAGAAAAGUCAACACCUUCUGGUUCCUGCAUCUGGAUGUCUCCUACUUAAUUUGUUGUUUGAGCCUUCCUUUCUUUGCUGUCACCUACCUCCAUGGUGGCGACUGGAUUUUCGGCGUGGCUAUGUGCAAGCUUAAUGUCAUGUUCUUUUCUCUGGGGAUGUACAAUACAGUCUUUCUACUCACCCUCAUCAGCUUGGACCGCUACCUCUUCACAUGCCAUCCCACCUGGUCCCGGCGUCACCGCACACUACCCUGGGCACGGAGACUGGUCACAGGAACGUGGGUUGCUUCCCUAGCUUUGCUUAGUCCCUACCUAGCUUUCAUGGACACUAAAGAGUGGAAGGGCAGGACUGUGUGUGCCAGCAAUUAUGCCCUCUCCAGUGACUGGGGACAUGCCAACCCAGGCUUGAAGUACCGUGUGUCCCUAGCUUUCUUUCUCCUUCGGUUCCUGCUGGCGUUCGUCCUUCCCUUCCUCACCAUCAUGACCUGCUAUUACUGUAUGGGACAGGAAAUGAGGAGAAGGUUGGCUAGGAUGGGGAAGCCUUACAAAGUCCUAGUGGCCGCUGUGACAUCAUUCUUCAUCUGCAGGUUUCCCUUUUAUCUCUACAAUGCUUCACGUGUAUUUAAAGCCCCCCAAGAAACACAGGAGGUUCUUCAGGUAAUUUUUACAACCUGCACCUGUUUGAAUAUCUGCAUUACCCCCUUUCUCUAUCUCUUUGUUGGGGAGAAAUUCCAGAAUGUCUUCAAGAUGUCCACUGUCUCUCUGCUUAGAAGAGGUUUUACGGAUCUUCCCACCAUACCUGGGGACAGUGAAAAUACUGCUGAAGAAGGCCACCAUAUCAAUGGCGGCAAGCGCUUGGUGCAGACAUUGACUCCAGGGAGUGAUCUGGCAUGCCAUGAAGACUUUCCCUUGGAUCAUGUCUAG